AUGGGAAAUAAAAGACUGACGUUAAGAACAAUUAAAAACAGAGAUGCCAUUCAUCCAUAUUCAAGAAAGGCUCAACAGUUAACAAGAGUAUAUCAGCGUAAAGAAAAGAUGGCUAGAAAAGAACAGCAAAAGUCAGUAAACCCAAUUGGGGAUCGAUGGCUCUGGUUUAGAUAUGCAUUUGAUGAAGAAAAAAAGGCAGCAACUAUGAAAGAUAUGCAUGAGCUGAUAAAACUCUAUUUAGCUCGUAAUGACGAUGAAAUCAAUACAUUAGAAAAGGAAAGAGCAAGAGGGCACAAGAAACCAAAGUCACCACGACAGCACUUUUUAGAAGCAUUAAAAGAAAGAGAAGCAAACGAAUAUGUGUCGGGAUUAGAAUUACCUGAUAUGACAAACGGAAAGACAUUGGAGCUGUUGAGAGAAUGGGAUGGUGAUAAAAAUAGUAUGUCCCGUAUAAAGACAAUAAGAGUACGAAAACCUUUAUCUGAAGAAUCAAAAGCAGUAAUCCCAGCAACCAAGGAGAAGUCAGAUAAAAUCAAUGAUUUGAUGGAUACAGAAUAG